UGUUAAGCUAACAACAACACAACCAUCUCCUGCGUCUUAUUACUAUUGCAACCCUAACGACGCUUGUCACAACGGAAAUAUGGCGGGUUGUGCUACUUAACUUUUCAGCAGGCAUUUACGAAGACGACAUUUUAAUUUAUUUUUGAUUUAGUCAGUUUUCCAAGCUAAUUCACGGUCUCGCCGAGUGAAGCUUCUGGAGUUUUCAAGCAAGGCCAGAAAAAGUAUCUGUAAGCAAAAGCCGUACAACCUGUAGAAGAUAAAGGUCCAUUAGCAAAACUUAAUAAGAGCCCUCAAAAUGAGAGGUUCUUACGGAGACAGAGACCGAGACCGUGGUCGUGACAGAGGCAAUCCCCGAUUCGGAUCAAGCAGAGGAGGACCACCCCCGGGUAAGAAGUUUCGGAAUCCUGGGGAACGCUUACGAAAGAAGAGAUGGGACCUGAAUGAGCUUCCUAAAUUUGAGAAAAACUUCUAUAAUGAAAAUUCCGAAGUGCAGCGAAUGAGCCAGUAUGAUGUUGAGGAGUAUCGCAGAAAGAAAGAAAUCACAGUCCGAGGCUCAGGCUGCCCAAAACCUGUCACCAGCUUCCAUCAUGCACAGUUUCCUCAAUAUGUAAUGGAUGUACUGAUGCAGCAAAACUUCAAGGAACCAACAGCCAUUCAGGCUCAAGGUUUCCCUCUGGCACUCAGUGGGAGAGACAUGGUGGGCAUUGCUCAGACGGGUUCUGGGAAGACUUUAUCGUAUCUCCUGCCUGCAAUCGUGCACAUCAAUCAUCAGCCCUACUUGGAGCGUGGAGAUGGACCCAUUUGCUUGGUGUUGGCCCCCACGAGAGAACUAGCUCAGCAGGUCCAGCAGGUGGCAUAUGACUAUGGAAAGUCAUCACGCAUCAAAAGCACUUGUGUGUACGGCGGUGCUCCCAAGGGACCUCAAAUACGAGACUUGGAGAGAGGCGUUGAGAUCUGCAUCGCCACUCCGGGUCGUCUCAUUGACUUCCUAGAAGCUGGAAAGACCAACCUGCGGCGCUGCACAUACCUAGUUCUGGAUGAGGCUGACCGCAUGCUGGACAUGGGUUUCGAACCACAGAUACGCAAAAUUGUGGAUCAGAUCAGGCCGGACAGACAGACUCUGAUGUGGAGCGCUACCUGGCCUAAAGAAGUUCGCCAACUGGCAGAGGACUUCCUGAAGGACUAUGUCCAGAUCAAUGUUGGAGCUCUGGAGCUCAGCGCUAACCACAACAUCCUUCAAAUUGUUGACGUUUGCGUGGAGAGCGAAAAGGACCAAAAGCUUAUCCAGCUGAUGGAAGAGAUUAUGGCUGAGAAGGAAAACAAGACCAUCAUCUUCGUUGAGACCAAGAAACGGUGUGAUGACCUGACACGUAGGAUGAGACGUGACGGGUGGCCAGCGAUGUGUAUUCAUGGUGACAAGAGUCAGCCAGAGAGAGACUGGGUAUUAUCAGAGUUUCGGAGUGGCAAAGCACCCAUCCUCAUUGCUACUGACGUCGCCUCACGUGGGCUUGAUGUGGAGGAUGUCAAGUUUGUCAUCAACUAUGACUACCCUAACUCAUCCGAGGAUUAUAUCCACCGCAUCGGGCGUACAGCUCGCAGCACUAACAAAGGCACCGCUUACACCUUUUUCACUCCGGGGAACCUCCGGCAGGCCCGAGAGCUGAUCCGGGUCCUGGAGGAAGCCCGGCAGGCGAUCAAUCCCAAACUGCUGCAGCUGGCCGACAGUGGACGCAGCGGAGGAGGUGGCCGUUCCCGUUUCCGCAACUCCAAUUCAAACAAUCCCAACAUGAUGUACCAGGAUGAGUGUGAUCGUCGGAUGCGUUCUGCUGGUGGGGGCAGCAGCUCAAAGGAUGGCCGUGGCAGCAGCUACAGCCGCGGCGGAAACAACCGGGAUGGGGAUCAAUCUUCUUCUUACAGAGAUCGCAGCAGCAGGGAUGGAGGACGUAGUUAUAGCUCCGGCUCCUAUGACCAGUACCAGAAUAACAGCAGCUCCAGAGGUGGCUCCAGCUCAGCAGGCACCGCUGCGGGGAAUGCCCCACCUCCUUCAUCAGGCCCUCAGCCUCUAAUGGCUCAGCAGUUCAACCCUCCGCAGCCUAUGAUGGGUUUGAUGGGGCACUCGCCAUUCCAGUUUGCGCCUCCUCCGGCAUCUCUGUCUGGGAGGAAAUGAUGUCGUAUGUGCAUCAGUGUUACACAGCACAACACAAACUACACCCGGGCAGAUUUGUGUUGAAUUUUUCAUUUUAUCGCUCUUCCAACAUUCCAGUUAAAAGCAUGUUUUAGUUGACUGAGAGAUCUUCAUUUCUUCAACAUUAGUUUUCGACUGGCUUCAGGUGUUUGCGUGGAAAACUUUUUUUUUCAGCUUAAAGUUGGUUUAAAGCAAUUCUGUGUUCGUUUAGCUUAGUUUGUUGCAGCUGUAUUGGAUGGAAAAAAGCAAAGCUGCUGUUUUGUAUUGUGAAUCUCUUUGUGAGCUACUUCCAAGAGGUUGAUAGUGUUAUUUUCUGUGUAGGUAUGGCAAAGGUAGGUGUUGAAGUUAAUUUUGUUUUUUCUGUUUCAGAUCAUUGUUGGAAGCCAAAAAAAAUCCUUCUGAAAUAUUAAAAACAGAUCCUGAUGUGAUUUAAAAAAAAAAAAGUGGGUUAAAAACCUUUACCACAUUGGAGUGUUUUUCUUUGAGCUUUACCUCGAUCUCGUUAUGUAGGUGCAAAUUGAGGCCUUACCAACUAGUGAUUUCUAAGUUUGUAUUUACUAACAAAUCUCCUGAGGCUUACCUGUUUAGAGGAUCACCAGUGUGGUCUGGUCUUUGCAGCAGUGAUGAAUGAGAUUUCCUAGCAAACAGUAAGUCCCCUUUUUAAAUUUGUUUUUCAUGUUUAAUAAAGUUCUUUGGUGUA